AUGUCCAUUCAAGAAACUGAUACCCAAGUUAUCAUCACUCAUCCAAAUCAUAGCGAUUCUGUUGUUAAAAUUUUGAAAUACGGUGCCACCAUUUAUUCUUGGGUCUCUAAAGGUUCUGAGCAAUUAUGGUUGUCUUCUGCUACAAAAUUAGAUGGUUCAAAGCCAGUAAGAGGUGGUAUUCCAUUAGUUUUCCCAGUUUUUGGUAAGAAUACUGCUGAUGAAUAUUUAAAAGAUUUGCCACAACACGGUUUUGCUAGAAACUCUACCUGGGAGUUUUUAGGUCAAACUAGACAAAACCCUCCAACAGUGCAAUUUGCUUUAUCUCCAGAACAAGCUAACCCAGAUUUGAUUAAAUUAUGGCCAAUGGAUUUCACCUUGAUUUUAACUGUCAGUUUACACAAAGAAAGUUUGACUACUAAAAUCGAAGUUAAGAACACUUCUGAAACCAAGGAAAUGAAAUUCAACUGGUUGUUCCACACUUAUCUAAGGGUAGAAGACAUUGAAGACACUUUUGUUUCAAACUUAGCUGGUAUGACCACUUAUGAUCAAUUAUUGCAAAUUACUUACGAUGACAAACACCCAGUUGUCACAUUCCAUGAAGAAGUUGAUAAGAUAUACAAAGAAGUUCCCGAAGAUCGUAUCAUCCAAGUUGUCCGUAAAGGUGUUCCAAUUCACACUUUGAAGAGAAGUAACUUACCAGAUGCUGUUGUUUGGAACCCAUGGAUCGAAAAGUCUUCUGGCAUGGGUGAUUUCGAACCAAAAGAUGGUUAUUUACAAAUGGUCUGUGUUGAGCCAGGUCAUGUCCAUGAUUUAGUAAAAUUGGCACCGGGUGAAACUUGGAACGCUUCCCAAAAGCUAUUCAAUGGUGAAUUGAAGUACCAAGCUAUUUAA